CGUCCACUGGCCAUGGCGAAUCUGCGGUAUUUUUGCACAUUUCGCCACGUCGCAGGUGAUAUAAUUAACACGCAUACAAUGUCAAAUCAUUGUGAAACGAGUCAACCCAGCCUCAGCUGCGCCGUAGUGCUCGCUGAAAACAUAUCCCAAGCCGUACUGCGACCGUCGUCCAAGUGCCCGGGCUUGCACACCUACCUACCUUUGUCGAUGGCUUUGACAGCUUUGACCUAUGAGCUGGAGCCGGCGGCAAUCCUCCAGUCGUUGCUUUAUAAUUAGUCCCUUGGGAGCGUUCUACUCUGCUCUCCUACGUGGGGCCCAUGCGGAAGUUGUCGGGAUGUUUUCGCUUACUAUCGUACGUUAAAGACGACCCGAGGAAUCGUGGCUUGGUGUCAGAUGCGAAAAUCAUAAAGCACGGCCAUUCCUUCCUUCCCUCAUUGUCAAUACAAGCCCGGCAUGUAGCCCUCACGCAGGGUGCACUUGGACAGCAUCACUAUCUCGUUCAGCCAUCUCUGACUACAAGGGGUUUCCGCCCCGGUAACUCGCUGUCUUACUCAACGUCUCGAGAUGUUGUGCCAAUCGACUGUAAUCCACUCUUCAUCGGAAUCAUUCCUUUCUUGGUCUUGUUGGAGAGGCAGUAUUUAGUCCCCUCCGAUGUUCACCCAGAUCCCCAAGCCGAGACAUGCUCGAUGGACCGAGCCCCGAGAACUUCGCGCCUUUCGUGUCUGUGUGUGGCUCGCCAACUCUUUCGAUCGGUUCCUCGUCCCAAGCAACCUCUCCACCGCCGUGAAUUUUCUUCGGGGGGUGGUUACAUCCUGCGGAGAUAAAUGCCUAGCAACCAUGUCCAUCGUGGAAGACUCAACUGUUUCGAACACAGGGGGCGUGCGUGGUAAGGUUGGCACAGAAGGCCUGUGGGCGGCCAGGUUGCAUG